AGUUUUGUAUUUUAAUAUUAAAAAUUGAACCUAGUCAAAUUAUCUUUUAUUAUUCAUAAUUAUUCAUAAUUAUUUAGACAUUUCAAAAUGUAUUAGUUUUAAUAGCUUGAGUUACUUAACACUAUGUGUUUUUGACAUUUUUUAUACAUAAUUUUAUAUAUAUAGAAGUUAUAUUUAAGAUACAUUGUACAUUGUACUUGAUGUCAACAUGGUGAACGCUGUUAAUCAUCAUGUGCCUGUUGGACCUGGUAGUACAGAAAGUGUAUUGCCUCCUCAUUAUCUACACGAACUUCCUAAUGAAGAUGAAAUUCGAUUAGCUAAACUGUUUGAUUCACUAGACUUUGAUAAAAAUGGGAAAAUUGACAUACAUGAUUUAUCAAUUGCAUUGAAUGAUAAGGAGUAUGCACAAAAAUUUUUAGAACUGUCCGACGCUACUAAAAGUGGUUCGAUUACAUUAGCUGAAUUUAUACAUUAUGUUAAAGAACAUGAAAAAUCACUCAGACUCAGUUUUUCAAACAUAGACAAAAACAAAGAUGGAAAAAUUGAUCGAUAUGAGCUUAUCAGAGCUUUUCAAGAAUUAGGAAUUGAAGUUGACGAUGCUGAAGCCAUAAAACUUCUUAAGAGGAUGGAUAAAGAUGGUAGUUUGGAGAUAAGCUUUGAAGAAUGGAGAGAUUUUUUAUUGUACUGUCCAUUUACAGACUUACAUGAAUUAAUUAAAUAUUGGAGGCAUUCAACUUAUUUAGACAUCGGAGAAGAUAUGAAUGUACCCGAUGACUUCACUCAAGCUGAGAUGAUAACAGGUAUGUGGUGGCGGCAUCUUGUAUCUGGCGGUGUAGCUGGCGCAGUUUCAAGAACUUUUACAGCGCCUUUAGAUAGACUUAAAGUAUUUUUACAAGUAUACGGAAAUCAGCAUAGCAAUAUAACUACAUGUUUCAAAAAUAUGUUAAAAGAAGGUGGCAAACGAGGUAUGUGGCGUGGAAAUGGAAUUAAUGUACUCAAAAUAGCCCCAGAAUCUGCGUUUAAAUUUAUGGCUUAUGAACAAGCGAAACGCUUAAUUCGAGGUUCGAGAACUAAAGACUUAACAAUAUUUGAAAGAUUUAUGGCAGGAUCACUUGCUGGUGGUUUUAGUCAGUCAUUAAUUUAUCCUUUAGAAGUGUUAAAAACAAGAUUAGCCAUAAGAAAAAGUAAUCAAUACAAAGGUAUAUUUGAUUGUAUUCAAAUUAUGUAUUACCGAGAAGGUAUGCGUAGUUUUUAUAGGGGUUAUGUACCUAACCUUUUGGGUAUACUCCCAUAUGCUGGUAUUGAUCUUGCAGUAUAUGAGACUUUAAAAAAUAAUUACAUUGCUUCACACAACAAUGGUGAAAAACCUGGAAUGCCAUUACUAUUAGCUUGUGGUACUGUUUCUAGUACUUGUGGCCAGGUGUGUUCAUAUCCUUUAGCUCUUGUUCGUACACGUCUUCAAGCACCUUGUCUAGAAGGCCCUGAUACCAGGACAAUGAUGUCUGUAUUUAGAGAGAUUUGGUUGAAAGAAGGUGUUGCUGGACUAUACCGAGGCAUCACACCAAAUUUCAUGAAAGUAGCACCUGCUGUUAGUAUAAGUUACGUCGUUUAUGAACGAUGUCGUGAAGCACUUGGAGUUACUAUGUCAUAACAUCAGUUGUUUGAACUUCUUCAUAUUUAUUUCUCUUUUGACGUUCAAUAUUUCUCCUUCAAUUUUUCAAAAAUUAAUUUUCAAUAUUAUAUACAUUUAUUGUUGGUGAAAUCUUGGGCUAUAUGUCUUGAAGAAAGGUGAUCUGAAAGGGUAGACAUUUUGCAGAAGUCUUGGUUACCAUAGCCAUAAGGAUAGAAAAAUAUUAUGUUUGAUUAUAAAAUCAUAAUACGUAAAUUUUAAAUGCUUACGUAUAUAUUAUAUAUUACAAGCUAAUUAUCAUAAAGCUUAUUCUUAAAAUACAACUUUAUCUUGUUACCAAUCAAAUUUAGGCUCGAUGAAUUUCAAAAGAUUUUUCUUUAAUAUUGUGUCCCUUGCACCAAUGCUUUUUCUAUCAACAUUCCAACUACAAUAUAUUUUUACCAACUUAUACAUAUUUCAUAAAUUAUAUAGGGUUUAGAUCGAAAAUUA